GCCGAGCGAUUUGGAUUUAAUUCUAUUCCCAUGGGAUUUAAUUUAAGGGAACGGCUCCCAACCUUUGCAUUCGGUAAUCGUGGUCUGGAGGUUUUUGCAAGGCUUUCGGAAGUAGCUCAGGUGCUGUGUAUGUGUGAGCGAGUGAGUGAGUGAGAGAGAGAGAGAUUAAAUGCCCGCGUCUGUAAGUGGGUGCAACCAACUUCUGGCUUAAAGGCUGCCGGCCGUUUAAAAUAAAUUGAUACCAAUUAUUGCUAUUCGUGACUUUUUGAAGGUUUAACGAUCUGCAAAGCCACCUUUAAUAAGUAAAGCAGCUAAGUUAUUUCAAAUGUAGACACAGGGACUCUGGGGGAAGGGGGUUAAUGAAAGCCCCCUCCAAAAGGCAGCUCUCCAUUUGUCCUCCCUUCCUCCGCGAAAUCCUUUGCAAACUUUGUACCUUUUCGGGUUACACGGGUGUUCAACUCAAACAUCAACGAUGUGCGUACGUGUGUGCGCGCGUGUGUGCGUGAGAAGAGGAAUAGUGACUCUAAGGCUACUCCUCCCCCCCACCGGUGAAAUUGGUGGUGCAAUCAGCCUGUCAACCAAGCUGCGCCAAGAAGCACAUGGUAGCUCUGCUUCUUGCCUUCUUCUGUUAUGCCCGCGAGGAUGUCUUGCGCCUCCUGGUUGCAUUUUUUAUUGAUGUUGGAUUUCCUCCUCUCCCCCAGGCAUUUCCCUUGUACUUUGCCUCGCUUAAGGUUGGAGCGGAAAGCUGCGGCCCAAGGACCAUGUGGUGAAAAGAAGGUUGGAGUCGAGGAAGUGGUUGGACUUAUCUGCUACACGCGCGCCUGACUGGGAGGGGAAAAAUCUGCGCCUCCAAAGCGGGAGAGAGGGGAAAAAAAGAAAGAAAGAAAAGCUCCCAACUUGGCGGAAGGCAGGAGGGAGAACCGAGCGUGCCGCAGCAAGCUUGCUUCGUGAAAAGGCGGCUACUCAUUUCUGAUUUUUUUUCUUUUUACCUCCCCCCCCCCCUGAAAUCGUUCGCCGCUUUAGGAGCGGUCCUCUGUCGGCCUGUUGCGGAUGCGACGUGUGAUGGAAAAGCGGUAGGUCGAAUUUGCAAAACCAGUUCGGCCUCUUCUCCCGACUGCCGAAGAAACCUAGUUGGGAUUUUGCUCUCCAGAGAGAAUUUCCCGAGUAGCUCGAUUGUAGGGCAGGGCGCGCGCAGUGUAAGCAGACACCCCUUUGAAUGUGGGUGUUCGGAAGGCGAGCUGUUUGGGGGGGACAACGAGUUGGGGUGCCUCUCGUUCGAGGACCAGGAUUUUUGCGAGCGCUCGGCGCGAGAAAGCGAAGAGAAACAAACUUGGCCUCUUGGAUCCGACGACAGCUGGAGAGCAAAGGUUGGGGGCAGCAGAGAAGGUUUCGGCUUCUGGAAUGAGUUUCCCUGCGCUUUAAGGACUUAUGGGAUCCUCGCACUCUACCUUAUGGAUCUAACUUAGCAGGGACGUGCCUUCACGCGGAUUUGCCAUCCAAAACGAUUUCAGAUGCAUGCCCAGUUCCUGGUGAAUGCCAGAAUUAGAGACCACUACCGAUGGAGUCCACAGGUCAGCAUGGAAACAGCAGUUCGUUAGUUGUCCAUCAACAGCUUUUUCUGGACAACCGGCAAAGGUUGGACUAUGAAAGAGAUAUUCAGCCAACUGCCAUUUUGUCACUGGACCAGAUAAAGACUCUCAGAGGCAGCAAUGAAUACACUGAAGGUCCAUCUGUGGUGAAAAAGUCUGCUCCCCGGACAACUCCAAGACAAGAAAAACAUGAAAGGACUCAUGAAAUCUUACCAAUAAAUGUGAAUAAUAAUUAUGAGCCCAGACCCAGCCAUCCUGGACAUGUGCUACAUCAACACAACUCAAGGGUUCCUGUUUUGAGCAGAUCUACAAGUACUGGAAGUGCAGCUAGUUCUGGAAGCAACAGCAGUGCUUCUUCAGAGCAGGGCCUUCUAUUAAGAUCGCCACCAUCAAGGCUGGGCCCGGGUCAGAGAUUUGAAAGGCCAAUCAGGACGCAACCCAAACCAUCAUCUUUGAUUGUAGAUGACCUGAAGAGUCCUUUGAAAGAGGAUUCUACUCAACAUAAGUUUAUAUGUGAACAGUGUGGAAAGUGCAAAUGUGGAGAAUGCACAGCACCCAGGGCCUUGCCUUCUUGCUUGGCCUGCAACAGACAGUGUUUGUGCUCAGCAGAAAGCAUGGUGGAAUAUAGCACCUGUAUGUGUCUGGUCAAAGGAAUCUUCUACCACUGCUCCAAUGAUGAUGAAGGGGACUCAUAUGCGGAUAAUCCAUGCUCAUGCUCCCAGUCACAUUGCUGGUCACGGUACUUAUGCAUGGGGGCCAUGGCUUUGUUUCUGCCUUGCCUGCUCUGUUAUCCUCCUGCAAAAGGAUGCCUAAAACUAUGCCGUGGGUGUUAUGAUUGGAUGAAUCGUCCAGGAUGCCGAUGCAAAAACUCUAAUACAGUUUAUUGUAAGCUGCAAAGUUGUCCAUCAAGGGGUCAAGGCAAGCUUUCCUGAUUUCUGGAGGGAAAGAUUCAGUUCCUCAGACACCAACUUUCAGAUAGUGGCUGACUUUUCUGUCUUCAUGCCCCUUUUUUCUUUCAUGCCCCAAAUCUUCUCUCACUUCUAUUGCUUAUCUCAAUGAAGGGCAAAUCUGAAUGCAUUGGUCUUUGGUAAGUGUGGCUCAUGUGCUGGUGUCUUUUUUCAUCUUGGCAAGUCAUCUCAGGACUCUGGACUCCUGAAAGAAGUAAUGAGGGUACUGGAUUUUUCUGAAGUCUUUUAUUCUGCAAACAACUUUCCAAAGAUGCUGUUUUGUUCUGUUCUAUUUUUAACUAACUUUAAUGACUUUCCUUUUUUUUUUUCAACUCUUUCCAUUCCCCCUUUUUAAAAAAGGCUGCACAAUCCAAUUAUUUCUCUUAAACAAAGUAGAAGGAAAGGAAAGAAAUAUGGGUUGAAAUUUAGCAUACCUAAGUCACUCCCCACCUUUUUUUUUAAUUAACCACUUGCAUUUUACUCAUUCCUUGGCCACUAUUUUUGACAGUCCAGAUUUUAAAUAUUUAUCUUCAUUGCCCCCAUUACUGGUUUCUUCAUAAGCUUCUAUUGUUUUCAGAUAUAGAUAUAGCUUGCUCUUUGUGUGUGUGUGUGUGUAU